AUGGGGGCUGAAGAGAAUGGCAGACUGCAGGUCGCCAUUGAUUAUUACCAAAAGCAGGUUGCCAGUUCCAAUCUUCCAAGGGACAUGUUGGACGAAAUCCCAAGGUUCGCAGUGGACGAAUUAGAAGCUGGUGCUAUGCUCGGAACCGGAGGAUUCUGUUCGGUCCAAGAAGUAAAAGGCUUCAAGCUUCCAGAGGAGGCUCCAGCGGCUCGAGAUGAUCACGAUGAUUACGACGAAGACGAAGCCGAGGAUGCCUUUGAAAUUGGCGGCGAUGCCGAACUGGAGGCGGGCGAAGUCGAGUCUCGCAAAUUCAUUGCCAAGCACUGCUACAGAAGCAACGGAGAUGCUCGAUACGCCAUUAAGAAACUGAAACCUUCAAUUAUUGCCGAUGAAAAUGGAUUUCUGAAUGGCAUUGUGGAUUUGGCAAGCGAGACUGAUUUUCUGUCAGCCUUGGAACAUCCCAACAUUAUCAAACUACGUGGAAUCGCGCUGAAGGAAGACUUGUUCAAACCGGAAAAUUUCUUGAUUUUGGACCGACUGUAUGACACUUUGGAGUCUCGCAUCCCCAAAUGGAAGGCCACAGAAGCGUCGGCAGGAGCCAAGAAAAUGUUCAAGAGUAAAUCACAGAAACAAAUGCUGAAGGAAGUCAAGGAAGAGCGCAUGGAAUGUACUCUUGAUCUAGCCUCCGCUGUGGCGUAUUUGCAUGAGAGAAAAAUAAUUCACCGUGAUUUGAAAAGCGAGAACAUUGGCUUUGAUGUGCGUGGGGACAUUAAGCUAUUCGACUUGGGUCUUGCCAAGGAAAUCCCCAAAGAUGCGAAACCUGGUCAAGAAUUCAACUUUACCGGAAUGUGCGGAACUCCCCGAUACAUGGCGCCCGAGGUUGCUCUUGGCAAACCCUACAACGAAAAGUCGGAUGUCUACUCUCUCAGUCUGUUGGGAUGGGAGACUUUGGAAUUGACCCUUCCGUAUGCCAAUUUUACCACGGAACGCUUCAUUCAACAUGUCUGGAAGGAAGAUGGCCCCAAAGUCCGUCCACCUAUUUCGAAAAAGAUAUCGCCCAAGGUCAAGACAUUGUUGGAAAAGGCAUGGGGUGAAAAUCAAAGAGCGAGACCUUCGGCUUCGGAAUUUGAAGACAUUAUGAGAAAAGAGUGUGUGGCCUUUAAUCAAGAGAUUGGAACGGACUCUGGUCGUUCUAGACGAUCCACCUAUAUCUUUGUCAAGGGGCAAGGUGAGACGGUCAAUGCGAAUAAGCGCCGAUAG